AUGUUCAUAAAUGCUAGCUCACCUUAUCAUCAAAAGCUUGCUCAAAUCAUGCGUAUUCGUGUCAGUAGUCGAAGUAUACUUCAACAACUCGUAGAUAUGGGAGCCAUUAGUAGUCGUUCUCGAUGUAAGAAAAAAAUAGAAGAUGUUGAUUUCGAAUUUCCACAAUUAUCUCUCGACGAUCUUCAUGUUUUGUUCUUAAGUAGUUACAAAAUUAAGCUAGCACCUGCAUAUGUGGAAGAACAUCUUGAUAAAGACGGCGAUUAUAUUAUUGGAAUUGGAGAUGAUAAUGAUUUUAUUUUACGAUGUACCAUACCAAGUCGUCAUUCGAAUGCUGUUAAGUACAAAACUUGGAUACAGUAUUCAUUAACAGGAAAACCAAUUGUUGCUUGGUAUUGUACAUGUACAGCUGGAGCGAUGACUCUUGGAUCAUGUUCACAUGUAGUAUCUAUUAUUUGGUACUUGUCUUAUGCUCGUCACCAUGACUUUCAAGUGUCCCAAGGACGACAUCGUAUUC